AUGUCAAUUGCCCCCAUCAACGCACCAGGUUCCCGAGGCACCGACUAUCAAUCUUCCAAGCCUGCCAACGACCCUCAAUCUUCUUCUGCCUCGGUGCCACCGGCUCUUGACCCGGGCCAGCCUGCCAAACGCGGGCGCAGGAGUAAUCCCAAAGUCAAGACUGGCUGCACCAACUGCAAGAAACGGAGGAUCAAGUGUGAUGAACAACGCCCAGAGUGUACGCAAUGCAUCAGGAGCGGCAAGACCUGCGUGGGCUACCCGCCCCCCAGUCGCAACUCGCGGCCGGCCAUGGAGAUUCGCAUUGCCCCCAAGCCCCUGGCAGCGAUACAGACUGCCAUUGCUCCUUCAUCAAAUGCCGCUGCUCAGCCGAUAGGCAUAAGCAUGCUUCGGAAACAGACGAUCUUGCCACCUCGGCGUGCUGGUCGCCGUCGGAAGAUGGUGGAACAUUACCAACCACUACUUGCUUCCGCAGCACCUCUAGCUAUGCAUCGACCUUCUACGGCCGUAUCCGUUUACCCUGUUGAAAAUAUGUAUUUUGAUCUGUUCAGGCUACACACAGCCUCCCAGCUCUCGGGCUACUUCAACUCCAAUUUUUGGACGCAGCGAGUCCUGCAAGAAUGCCACAACGAAAGCGCCGUUCGUCAUUCUGUGGUUGCCCUCGGCGCCUUGUACAAGACUCUGGAGCAGUCUUUCGAGGUUCCAUAUGGCGUGGAUAUGCAGCAGCAUACCGAUUCCAUCAUGUCCCAUUGGCAGGUUGCCAUCAAGCAGUACUCUGACGCUUGCAACGCCGUGCUGUCCGUCAGGGGCGACACUGUUCACAGCCACAAUACACGUCUAAUUGCCAUCAUCCUCCUGGCCUGCUUUGACUCCUUCAUUGGUGAUCACAAGCAAGCAAUUAUCCAGAUACAAACUGGCCUCGGUAUCCUGGGGCAAGCUCAGGGUAGCCGUUCAUCAAAUCUGCUAACAGCACUGAACACGACUCCGGACGAGUUGGUCACCCUCUUUGGCCGCCUUGCCAUACAGGCAAAAUCAUAUGACCUGGCCUUCCAUUUUCCUCAACCAUAUGUUGUCAAACUGGGCUCGACAUCUGAACACGCUGACUCUCCGGGGUCUGAUAGGAGCUCGCCCUCGGUUAUCGGCAGCCCACCCAGAGAAGGCAUCUUUGAGAGUCUGGCCGAGGCACGACUCGCCUCCGAUAAAUUAUGCAUGGCGCUACUGAUGUUUGUCGAGCAGCUCCAUGCCGCCAAAACCGACCCCAGCUAUGUCCUCCCUGCCGCGUGGAAGAAGUACGGCAUGGGUCUGAAAGAUCGCCUGACAGCCUGGUCCGAUGCAUUCGAGCCCAUUCUGGCCUCGCGCAUGAACCCAGACAUGCCGCUCAUUGAAAGAGCAGGCAUUGCCGCUCUCAAAAUGUUUCAGGUCAACACAAACAUUAUUUUCCUCAUGCUAUUUUGCGACAACGAAGUGCAGUUUGAUUCCUUCAUGCCGCACUUUAAAAUGAUUGUCGACCUCGGUUGGGAAGUCGUCGGCGCCGAUGAGAGCAGAUUCGCCGCCGAGCGCCAUGCUCAAACGCCGGACGGCCAGCCGCCGCACUACGCACACGGCACCAGAGGGGCCUUCAAGGCCGGCAAGUACGGCCCAGGCCGUCUGAAGCCCAGUUUCUCGGCCGACCUGGGCAUCGUACCGCCGCUGUUCGUCGUGGCGACCAAGUGCCGCGACCCGUGGCUGCGGCGCCAGGCCAUCCAGCUGCUCAAGAGCAGCGCCCGCCGCGAGGGCAUGUGGGACAGCGAGCUCACGUCCAACAUUGCCACUUGGGUCAUGCAGCUCGAGGAGCAAGGCGUCCCCGGCGGCGGCGGCGCCGCGGUGCCGCCCGCGUUUGACCCGCGCAACCCCCUCGCCGGCUACACAGAUGCCCAGGGCGUGGUGCAGCGCACUAUCCCGGAGGACCGGCGCAUCAUGCUCAAGGCGGCGGAUUUUGACCUCCGCUCGCGCUACGCCGACAUUACCGUCGGCACGCGGGCAGUCUUCAACGGCGGCCUGGAUGUGCGUCUCAAGAAGACGCGCAUAUCUUGGUAG